CGUCGCCCUCAAUCCAACUGAUUGGAAGCAUGUUUCAUUCGGAAUGGCCAAGGAGGGUUGUGUGCUCGGUGUCGACUACGCGGGUGUCGUGGAACAGAGCAAUUCGCCCAGUUGGGCGAAGGGCGAUCGCAUUUGUGGUUUCGCUCAUGGUGGAAACUCUUGCAACCCUGAAGACGGAACUUUCGCCGAGUACAUCGUCGCGCCAUUGUCUACUGCUAUCAAAAUCCCACCUGGAGUUUCCUUCGAAGCAGCGUCCACCCUGGGGUGUGGAAUUACCACCGUGGGCCAAGGCCUCCUUGAGUCAGGCUACGGACUCGGCCUUAAUACGCCUUCCAACCCGGUCACUACUAAGGUACCGGUUUUGAUCUAUGGCGGAAGCUCUGCGACGGGUUCGUUGGGCAUACAGUUUGCUAAAGAAGCGGGUUACUCCGUCAUUACUACUUGCUCACCAAAGAACUUUGAAAUGGUUCGCGCCCGCGGAGCUAGCGAGGUCUUUGAUUCCCAUGAUUCCGAAGUCGGCAAGAAGAUCAACCAGCACACGAAGAACCAACUCCAAUUCGCCUGGGAUUGUAUUGGCACCGAUGAAUCAGCCCGGGGUUGUGCGGACGCACUCACAACCAACCCUGGGGCACAGUAUGGCACUAUUCGCGCACCGAAGUUGCCUCGAGAUGAUGUCAAAUACACUGCCACCAUGGCCUAUGUCGGCAUCGGUGAAGACUUCGAAAAGGGCGGCAAUUGGACUCGUAACAAUGAGGCGCAUGCCUUGUGGCAGAACAAGAUUUGGAAGAUUGCGUACGAUUUACUAGCGGCAGGAAAGCUUCAAGUUCAUCCUGUUCGCGUGGAAAAUACUGGAUUCGAAGGCAUUCUGGCUGGUCUGAAGGAGUUGGAGAAUGGAGUUGUCUCUGGGCAGAAGCUAGUCUAUGUACUAUAACCGUUCCUCUAGUGUAGACACAAUGUCAACCUUUUCUUCUCGGUGA